AUGCAUCAUCCGGACCCCACUGGAGACUCUGGCAGUGUUAGAAAGAUGGCGCAGCCGGCUGUCUUUCACAGAAGGGGUAGCAACACAAGCAGCGGGAGCGGCUCCUCGCUGUCAACACCGGUGGUCACCAACAGUCAUGGCACGGCUGCUGAAGAAUAUCAGCCCUCCCUGUUGAUUCAGUGCCAAACUCCUGCAGGCUCGUCCUCCCCAGGUCCCCACCAUCCUCCUUCCCACAGCCUAAAUAUACAUUCCCAGGCCACACAAUCUGUUGGGGCUCAGAUGAAAAAGAAGAGUGGUUUCCAGAUCACAAGCGUGACUCCUGCGCAGAUAUCUGUGAGUACCAACAACAGUAUUGCAGAGGACACUGAGAGCUACGAUGACCUGGAUGAGUCCCACACGGAGGAUCUGUCGUCCUCAGAAAUCAUGGAUGUGUCCCUUUCACGAGCUAAUGAUGUAGUUGGAGCGGAGAGAAGCUCUUCUGAGGAGACCCUGAAUAAUUUUCAUGAGGCUGAAACUCCGGGGCUGCUGUCACCAAACCAGCCUUCACACCCCCAUGCUCUGAAUCAAGCACCACAGCAGGGUGGUUGUAUGGUUAAUGGGACUGUGCACCGUCAUCCUCAUCAUCAGAACCAUGCCCAGGGCUACCCACUGCCUUCUGGGUCAGUAGGUGCCUCAUCUACCCAUGCCUCUGUAAUUCAGAAAAUGCCUUCUAAUGUUGGGGUCUCUCAAGAGGCUGCCCCUGCAAACAUUGUUUCCCAGCCUGUGGGGAUGGUGGGCUUGGGAUCCGCUCCUGGAAUGCACAGCUCCGCUACAGGCGCUGCAGUUAGUAUAGUUAAUCCCCAGACCAGCAGUGUUAGUAAUGUGAAUAUGUUGAGCUCUGCCAAUGUGCCUGUGAAGGGGGGAAUAAGCACGAGUGCGAGCAACAGCUCCGUAGGGUUUCCUCUCAAUGUGAAAAGCGGUGGUGCGGGUGGUGGAGCUGGUUCUGCUGCAUCUGGAGGCAACCUCAUGAGUAAUGCCAAUAACACCAUGAUUCAGCAACAACAAACUCUCAACUCUAACAUCUCCUUGACGACUAGAACCACUUCUGUUGUUACUGUUGCCAGUGCCUCUGGGGGGACGUGUCUCUUGAGUGGGAUCCAGGGAAGAGCUGGUUCUGCUGCGCUGCAGUCAGUGAGCACCCCUGUUGCUGUCUCAACUAUUCCUGUACCAGUGGUCGCUCCCACCAGUUCUCGCUUCAGGGUGGUGAAGUUGGACUCAAGUUCUGAGCCCUUCAAGAAGGGCAGAUGGAUGUGCACUGAAUUUUAUGACAAGGACACCCCAACCUCCGCCUCCUGCUCAUCCGCAUCUGAUGCUGGCAGCACGCGCCAAUUUGUCUCUGAGAACUUUUCUGGGUGCUCAGAGCGGGAAAGCACAAGUGGUAGCUCUGUGAGUAGCACCAUGAGCACAGUGAGCCAUUAUAUAGAAAGUGUUUGUGGUGGUGAGACUGGGGGACCCCCGAUUACCCAACAUGCACAGGAUUACGCCUCCCCUACUCAGGGUUUCCAAGCAGUCCCUUCCAGUGGCUUAGUCGGCGUGGGCGUGUCUCAAUCACAACCUCUUAUAAACACACAAGACGUCACCCAUUCCCACAUCAAGACUAACAUUGUUUCCUCGACUCCCUCAAACAUGAUUCCGCCUGUACCUGUGCAAGGCCACCCGAUCAACAGUGGAAUGCCGAUUUCGGCUGUACCCCAAGAACAUCUUACCUACGCCCAGGCAGUUGCGAAUCAACCCCCAGGCUCCACACAGAGCCCUGUGGGGGUUCAGCAGCAUCAGCUUGGCUACGCCUCACUCCCCCAGCAUCCAUCUGCUGCCUCAGUACAGAUGAGACCCCCCGAGUACAGCCAGUCACAUCAAGGUACUCCCCAAGCUCCCGCAUCGCAGCAUCUAUUGAACCAAGCCGGACUAAGUUCUUCAGGGCAAGCUAAUGGAGCGUGUCAGAUGAUGGGGGGCCUCCAGCAGUCCCAGGUCAUCCUCCAAAGUCAACCCCAGCAGCCCGCAUCUCUCCAGGCUACUACCUCCAAUGCGGCCUUUCAUGUUGGCGCUGCAGGUCAACAGCCUGCGAGCCAUGCUGCCCACCUGGAUUGCCAGCAGCAGAAACCACAGUCCCUCCCAACACAAGUCCAAAACAUUGGUCUUUGCACCCAGUUGCCCACUACGAUUCAGAGCCAGGUGUCCGCACCGAGCGUGCCUCCAUCUAACCCCGACCCCCAUGCCCUGCCACAAGUUCUCGGUGUCGGGAACAAUAGAAUGCUCCCACAGGGUGUUCCCCAGCUCCAAGACCUCAGCAGUGCCCAGGCCCUGGCCCAUGCUGCCCAGGCUAGUGCCCUCUAUGCUAGUCUGCCCACUUUCACGACCACUCAGCUGCAGGAUGCCCAGCGACUCCUCCUUCAGCACCAGUCGGCUCUGCUGGGAUUUCCGAAAGUUUCCGGAGGGCACCCGGGAUCCGGAUCCAACGCUGGCCAGGGUCAAGAAGCUGAAGGCAACGCUGCCAUCGCCAGUGCCUUAACUGCAUCAGCUGGCCUAAAAAAUCUGGAAGGAGAGGAGGACGGCUCGUCGGGAGCCAGUGUUGUGGCCAUCGACAACAAGAUCGAACAGGCGAUGGACCUGGUGAAGAGUCACCUGAUGUAUGCCGUGCGUGAGGAGGUGGAAGUCCUGAAGGAGCAGAUCAAGGAGCUCAUCGACCGCAACUCCCAACUAGAGCAGGAGAACACCCUGCUCAAGACGCUGGCCAGUCCGGAGCAGAUGGCUCAGUUCCAGGCGCAGGUCCAAACUGCCUCCCCGCCCGCCGCCUCCACGACGGUCGCCACCCCAGGUCCUGCUUGUACCCUCGCUCAAUCCGUCUCGCACACCUCCGGCCCCUCAGCGUAGCCCGGCGCACACAGACUACUCAACACUACUUCUGCUAACACAAGUGAGCAGGUGACAAGGACGAGUAGGAGGAUGAGUUGAUGCUGUUGAUCCAAGAAUUUGCACAUAUUUAUCCCUGAGAAGGAUGCAUCCAGUGGGACAAGUGCUGCACAAGGCGACAAUCCUGCAACUCAUUAAAAAUUUGCCAAAAACAAAUAAAGAAAAACGUGGACAUAUCAGCUAGAAUGUCUUUUCAACAAUAAGCAAAACCACAUACUUCAACACAGAUGCUGAAAAGAUCACUGUGCCUGUGUGUGGCUCUUAGGCGAUGUCAAUUGAACUAAUGUUACAGGUAGUAGAAGAAUGAAAGGGUCUUUUUUUGUUUGUUUUUUUGAUUUUUUUUUUUUCCUUGUCAUGUGUUGUAAAUAAAUGUGUUUCUCAUGCCUAGAAGCUGAUGUUACAUUGAAAGAAAAGGCCUUCCCAGAAUGACAAAUAACGAAUGUGAGCAAAUUUCAAGACCAAGUCCCCAUCUGGAAUGGGGUGAGGGGGGAAGCCCUUCUAAAUAACAGCUGCAUGGAGAGUGUUACUUGGCUUUGGUGGAACAAACAAGAUGUUUUCUUACAUUCUCAGUAUUUCUUUUCACAUUUCUUAGCUCUGCAGUGGCCUGGACGCAAAACAUUGUUUGGCAGGAAAAAGAUGUAUAUUUCUGUAUAGUGUAAGUAAAACAUGUAAAAUAAUGAGAGGAAGAGAAAACAGCAAAUGCAUCAGUAUCUUGGUCACAUGACGUGAGCAGCAACAUGCUUACCUUGCCUGGGCUGUUGUCUAUUUUUAAAAGCGUGUAUUUUCAGGAUCGAACGAGUUUGGUUAUUUAAACUGACAAGGUGCAGCCAACAAUGUUAUCUAUAACCGCCACUGCGACAUUCAUUCUUACUGUAAAACUUCUUUCUUUUCUGAUAUAUUGCACUUUUUUUAUACUUUAGUGUUUUGUUUUUGGACAGUGAAAUACUUCUGGAUGAACAGUAUAUAAAUUUCUCAACAUUAGAAAAAAAAACAAACUACAACUUCUUGAUGGUUUUCCAUUACAUUCUCUGUAUCGGUUGUAUGUUCAUGAUGUUUUGUGCAUGUUUCUGCAAGACUGGAUGAGAAGUUGUAACAUACCAUUACCGCAAUUGCACUUGAAAGCUGCACUCACAACUUUCAUUAAAAUCCUGAAUAAGUGUC